AUGUAUGUUUCUUCAUCGUCAUUCUUCGUUCAGAAUUCAGCAACUUUACCCAUAUUCGGUAUUCCCAUAUUACAUAGAGAUAGAGAGGAGAUGGAGCUGAGCAAAGGUACUGAGAAAAUGGUGAAAGCUCAGGUUGGGCAGCCCCGCUUCAUACCCAAGAAAGGGAGCAUAUUUCCUCGAAAGAGAAGAUCGGUGAAGAAGAUAGUUCUUGAUUCCAUACUCAAAUCCAUUGCAAAACAUCUCUGCUGCCUUAACCACCACCCCACUUCAUCCUCUCUGGAAAUCAGUACUUCACUGCCCAAAACCCCAGCUGAGAAUUAUGCGAAGAACAGAGACGUAGAUCCUGUCAAGGGUCCGUGGAGCCCCGAGGAGGAUGAGAUGUUGCGGAAGCUAGUGCAGAGCCAGGGGGCUCGGAGCUGGUCUGUAAUUAACAAGGCGAUCGCGGGGUGGUCAGGCAAGUCGUGCCGGCUUCGUUGGGGCAACAAACUUUCACCGUAG